AAUGGUACAAUAUUCAACAAUCCAGAAAUCCGAUCUUUGGAUAUGCCAGCGGUGACUGGUAUGGGCACUGCUCGAUCACUCGCAAAACUUCAUGCAUUGGUUCUCGAAGGAAAACUGUUGAAAAAGACAACUGUAGAGCAAUUGUUUCGCGAUCCUGUAGUUUUGAACCAAACGGACUCUGUCUUAUCGAUUAAUUUAUCAUUAGGAAAAGGAUUCGCCUAUACAAAGAACUGUCAAGGUCAGUGGUUAAUUGGUCAUUCAGGAUUAGGUGGUCAGAAUGUUAAAAUGGAUUUAACAAAUGAAGUGGCAUUUGCAUACCUCUGCAAUGGUUUAAAGGUCGGCUAUUCUGAUUUAACGGUUACAUUUAUGCGACUACAAAGUGCACUUUAUGAAUGUCUCCGUGAAAAUAAUUUGUUGAAGGAAAUUCCAGAAGAAAAAGCUAAAGAAAGCCAUGAAACUGUGGCAGGAAGAAACAGCUCACUGGACAUUUCUUCCAAAAAUCUCCAAGAAACCGUUCCAACUUCGCUUGAAAAUAACACAGAUCUGACUUCUGAUAUAUGAGUGUUGAAUAAACCUAAAACUUUUCUGAUAUACUUUGGAGCUUUUCACUUCUUUAACUUGCUUUUAUUUUGAAAAAAUUUUAAAUCAAUUUGCGGAUUUUAUAAAUUUUGGUCCGUACUUACGCAUAUUACUUAUACGUGCAAUUUAUGUGACUACGUGUUAGACAUACGAUUGCAAAAUUUGAAACUCGCUGAUUUCAUGAUUUGAUAUUUACUUAUCAUUGGAAUCUAAUUUCAUCACAUGACCUGGUUCAGAUGAAAAUUAUAUGUCGAUCGAAUACAACGAUCUAAUUUCUUUGUGCAGUGAUUCAGCUUUCUGGCCGCAUCCAUUGUAACUGCGCUGUUUUGUUGGGAAAUUUUGGGAGAAUUAGACGUAAAGAAGUCAAUCAUUAUUUAUGCGGGAAUUGUUUGAAUCAUUAUUUAUAUGGGAAUUGUUCUAAGAGAAUUGUUUGGAAUCUUAACCCAUAUUUGAACAUAGUUUAAACGAAAAUUGCAGGUGUACAAUGUGUCAAUGGAAAAGUGUCAACAGUUAUGGCCAGCGAUUUUGUCUAUUCGAAUUCAAUGAUAAGAGACAUACGUGCACACAUACGCAUAAUUACGCAUAAUUUGCUUACGCAUAAUUUGUUGACCACUGUUUCUCGAUAGUCUAAGAAUUCAUUCAGAUGUGGGAGAGGUCUAUAGGAACCCUUGGAUUUCUUUACCAAAUCACAGUUAAAUUUUCACAAAAUCUCACCAUAUUCAUCAACAUAAUACUUUUAUUUCAAUAAAUUUGCAAUUAUAAGGAAAUAUAUAAUUUCAAUUAUUCCAGCUGAGAAUUUGAGUGAUCGCAGUAGUGGCAGCAGUCUCAAUCCAGUCAGUAUGGAGUAACUGUCCAGCGGUCAGUCGCAUAUCUAAACGUUCGGACAUCAGGAGUUGCGUGGCAAAUCAUCGAAAUCUUCGCAAGGAUAAAAUUUGAUUUAAUCCAGAAAUAGAAACGGAUAAGAUACAGCUCACCGUUCCAUUCGGUUUUCUUUUCGGCAUGCGACCAAUAAGGCAUCGAUAUAAUACAACACCCAUCGCAAACAUAUCUUGCGGCAAUGGUUCGGCCCUUUUACGCAAUAUGAUUUGUAACUUCUUGUGCUCUUGUGAGACCGGUCAAGCGACCCGUCAUGUGUUGAUCAAUCAAGAUAUUAGCCGUACAAAUUGUUCCGUGGUAAAUGCACUGUCUACAAAUACUUGUACUACUUACCUGAUAUAUGUCAU